CGUCAUGUCGCCUCCAGGAGUAUAUAAACAUCGUUCCGCCGAAGGGCCGUCGCACAACCGCCUAGUCAGAGCUUCGAGGCUUCGGGACAGCGAGGAGAGUCGAACAGUUCGAACUCAGUGAAAACCAGCGCAAAAUGGCUUACACCUGGGAUAAUCGCGUCAAGUACCUCGUCAGGUACAUGUACGACAUCGACAACAACGGCUUCCUGGACAAGAACGACUUCGACUGCCUCGCCGUCCGCGUCACCCUCAUCGAAGGCCACGGCGAGUACUCCCCCGACACCUUCGCUUCCAACCAGAAGAUCAUGACUAACCUGUGGAACGAAAUCGCCGAGUUGGCUGACUUCAAUAAGGACGGCGAAGUGAGUGUGGAGGAAUUCAAGCAGGCCGUCCAGACACACUGCAAGGGCAAGAAGUAUGACGCAUUCCCCUCCGCUUUCAAGGUCUUCAUCUGCAACCAGUUCAAGACCAUUGACGUGAACGGCGAUGGGCUGGUCGGUGUUGACGAGUACAGGCUGGACUGCAUCACACGGGCUGCCUUUGCCGACGUCAAGGAGAUCGACGACGCCUUCGACAAGCUCUGCACCGACGAGGACAAGAAGGCCGGCGGCAUCAACAAGACCCGCUACCAGGAGCUCUACGCCGAGUUCAUCUCCAACACGGACGAGAACUGCAACGCCUGCUACCUCUUCGGGCCUCUGAAGGAGGUGCAGUAGAAGGGCUGAUGACCUUCCACCUCCAAAGCUUCCUGCUUCAUAAGCUUCCUGCUCCCCGGCGCCUCCUUCAGCUUCCAUUUCCCCGGAAUUUGGAAAAGAGGGUUGAAAUUUGAAGAAGGGGGGGGGAGAAAAAAAAAUGUGGUGGAUUGAUAUGGGGGAGAAAUUGUUUUAAAAAUAGGUAAAAAAAAAAAAAAAAUGUG